AUGGCGGCAUCACCUCCUCUCAUCGUUUUUCUUUCAAUAGUCAGCCUCUCCGUGUCCCUCUCCUGUAGCGCGCUCUUCCUGACGGUCCUGCUGACGUCAUGCACGCGCGCGGGGCGCCAUGACCCGCUGCGCCAACAGGCUUUAGCUACUACAGACCCACUCUUCUCGUUCUGGGGGGCUGCGCAAGAGCUGCCAAAGCUGCCCCCAGAAACGAGCGAGUCUGCACAAGGUGUGAAUGCGGUCCUGGGUAGCGGGCGGGAGAAUGCGCGCGCAUUUCAGCGCGCUGAGGGAAAAGAGAUGCCGUCGAAAAAGGUGGGAGAAAGGUUUGAGGUUCUAAGGGACCGGUUUGCUGACUGGCUGACAAGGCUCCAAGAAAUGCUGCGCGCGCGCGCGCUCGACAACAACGCGCGCGGACACAAGAGCGCGAUUGAAAAGGGCUGUGGAAAUUUCGUGCCAGAGGUGGGCGGGACGAAGGAAGCGGAAAGAAACGAGGAAGACGUCGUUCGCUGUCAUUCGAAGGGUCCGGUAGAGUCCACCGGGUCUUCUAGCAAGGAGGUUGCGCAAGGCAAAGGUGACGCAAAAAGCGUCCAGAAUGACGCAAGCGGUGGGAGUAGCGCCCAAUUGGACGAGAACAGAAGCGGCCUACUGACGGACCUCGCGACACCUGCGCCUCUGAAAAGGCCUUUCGUCUUCGACGCGCAUCUUUCGAAAAACGCAGCAAUCUCAGUGAUCAAAGACGCAGCACAGGAGGAUGAAACCAAAACCCUAAACCCCGCGGCCGCGGAGCGCGAGCCGCCGCGACUGGCGGGCCUGAAGGCGUCAGCUGGGCGGCUAGAGCCGGAGUUCAACUGGGAGACGGAGCGCUACGAUCUGCACGUACCGCAAGAUGUGAAGGAGGUUCGCCUCACGCCGGUGCUUCCGCCGGGGCAGGAUGACGUCAGCAUCUACGUCAGCGACGAGCGCACCGCCAAUAACACCCCGAGCGGUGCCAUCCGGGUGCCUGAGAGCGCGCGUCGCGGCGUGGCGGUGCCGAUCAUUCUGAAGCGCGGGACGAGCGAGCCGCAGUCCGUGUACGUCGUCAAGAUUUUCCGAGACCUUGAAGAUACCGACAGGUACCAGUGGCGGCUGCGCCUGAUCGCCGCAGUCGGGCUGGGGGUGACGUUAGUCGCUGCCACGUCAUUCCUGACGUAUAGCGCGUACAUGUGGGACAAGCUGCGGCGCGAGCACCUCCGCGCGCAAGCCGCCGCCGAAGCGGAGGGCGAGGAUGAAGCCGGGUGGCUGUCGGAAUGA